UAAUAUCUUAGAACUGGUUCGAAGCCAAACCACUCCAAUGGCUACUCCUCUUUCUACCAUCGUGGAUAUCUACUUCACAGACACCAAAAGAACAAGGUUUUCCUUCACCACGCCUUCUACUUCUAAGCAAAAAAUCCGUAGAAAAAUUUCCAUACACUGCACCACUUCCAAUUCCAUUCCAGAAGCUCCUCCCACAUCAACCUCUGACAACAGCAACAAGAAGAAGAAAAACACUUCCUUGUCCGACCAACUCGCACCCCUUGCCAACAAAACCUUAUCAACGGUCACAGGAGACCAACCCUACGUCUUGUCUAAGCCAAAAUCCACAUGGGUCAACCCCACUAAGGCCAAGCGCUCUGUGCUCUCACCUGAGAGGCAAAAACGUGUUCCUCACUCAUACUCUCCACAACUCAGAGAUUUGAAACGCAUUGCUCAGAAACUCAAUGAUUCUGAUUCCCUCUCCGAGGCUCAAUUCUUGGCUUCUUUGGUGGAAAUCCCACGUCCACUUACUAGAGAAAACGCCCUCUUGAUGCUCAACACAUUGAAGCCAUGGCAAAAGACUCAUCUUUUUUUGAAUUGGAUCAAGACCCAGAAUUUGCUUCCCAUGGAAACCAUAUUCUACAAUGUCACAAUGAAGUCUUUGAGGUUUGGGAAGCAAUUUCAGCUGAUAGAGGAGCUUGCACACCAGAUGAUUGACAAUGAGAUUCAACUGGAUAAUAUCACAUACUCAACCAUCAUAUCAUGUGCCAAGAAGUGCAACCUUUCUGACAAGGCUGUGCAUUGGUUUGAGAGGAUGUACAAGACUGGUUUGAUGCCAGAUGAGGUAACUUAUUCUGCUAUAUUAGAUGUUUAUGCUAGGUUAGGCAAAGUUGAAGAGGUGAUAAGUUUAUAUGAGAGAGGGAGAGCAACUGGGUGGAAGCCUGAUCCUAUCACAUUCUCUGUGUUGGGGAAGAUGUUUGGGGAAGCUGGGGACUAUGAUGGUAUUAGGUAUGUGCUGCAAGAGAUGAAGUCUGUUGGGGUGCAACCUAAUUUAGUUGUGUAUAACACCUUGUUGGAGGCAAUGGGAAAGGCUGGGAAGCCAGGGUUUGCAAGGAGCCUGUUUGAGGAAAUGAUUGAGUCGGGGAUAGCCCCGAAUGAGAAGACUCUAACCGCUGUUAUUAAGAUAUACGGCAAGGCCAGGUGGUCGAGAGAUGCUUUGGAAUUGUGGCAACGGAUGAAGGAAAAUGGCUGGCCUAUGGAUUUUAUUUUGUAUAAUACAUUGUUGAAUAUGUGUGCGGAUGUUGGACUGGUGGAGGAAGCUGAAACUCUGUUUAGGGACAUGAAACAGUCUGAGUAUAGCAAGCCAGACAGUUGGAGUUACACGGCAAUGCUCAAUAUAUAUGGGAGUGAAGGGGAUGUUGACAAGGCAAUGAGAUUGUUUGAAGAGAUGUGUAAGGUGGGUGUUGAUCUCAGUGUGAUGGGGUGUACCUGUUUGAUUCAGUGCUUGGGAAAGGCCAUGGAAUUUGAUGCUUUGGUAAGAGUUUUUGACAUUUCAGUUGAGAGAGGAAUUAAGCCAGAUGAUAGGCUAUGUGGUUGCUUGCUAUCUGUUGUGUCUCUUUCUCAGGGUAGCAAGGAUGAGGAUAAAGUCCUCGGUUGUUUGCGGCAAGCUAACCCAAAAUUGGUUGCCUUUAUUCAAUUGAUUGAUGAUGAAAAAACUAGUUUUGAGACUGUCAAGGAAGAGUUCAAGGGCAUCAUGAGCAAUGCAGCAGUUGAAGUGAGAAGACCCUUUUGUAACUGCUUGAUUGACGUAUGUAGAAACAAGGAUCUUCUAGAGAGAGCCCAUGAGCUACUCUACUUGGGAACCUUGUAUGGAUUAUACCCAGGUUUGCAUAACAAAACUGACCAAGAAUGGUGUUUAGAUGUUCGAUCAUUGUCAGUUGGUGCAGCUCUAACUGCACUCGAAGAGUGGAUGUGGACACUCACCAAAAUUGUUAACCGAGAGGGUCCACUGCCAGGGUUACUGCUAGCCCAAACUGGUACUGGUGCUCAUAAGUUUGCCCAAGGACUCAACAUUUCUUUUGCCUCUCAUUUGAGGAAACUAGCUGCUCCAUUUAGGCAGAGUGAGGAUAAAGUUGGCUGUUUUAUUGCAACUAGAGAGGAUUUAGUCUCUUGGGUUCAAUCAAAUUCUCCGUCGGCUGCUACUGUAACAUAGAUGAUGGUGGAAAAAACUCAAAUGACAUUUACCUUUUCCGUUAUGGUUAUUACAUAACAAUGAUACUUGCACGUUUGUUUAUUUCUUAGAGUGUAUACACAUCCUGAAAUUUAUUAUUUUUUUCUCAUCAUGUUGUCUCCCACCUUCAAGUGUAGGCAAAAUGCUGCAUGCAUGCUGCCAUGAAUCGAUCGUUAGGCAAAUUGUGAGAGAAACAGGGUCCC